CGCCUCGGGGAUUAACACCGGACCACGAAAAGCUGACAUCCUGGAUACUAAACAGAGUGUCUAUUUCCUUCUAUUAUAUAUUAUGCAUCCCAUAUGAGAAUAGCCUUGGUUCUAUCUAUAGUGCGAUACCAAGUUUUCUUUCAUCUGUCAGACUACUUCCACGCCAUUCCGAGAUCUUUACCCAACCCGUUUCCUUUAAUCUGUCGCGUCCUCCAGCCAAGCACUUCGAAGCCAUAAUUCCAUGAGUCGUAAUCCGGUGCCUCCAGCUUAUACACGCUACUUUUCGCGUACCUUGAAUGAGCCUGCGAGGCAUGGCCUUUUGCUGUGACAAGGGACUAUCGGCCCGCAGGUGGAAGGAAGCAUCGCAUGCCCUGUCAAGUCGCGAGCAUCUUACAGUCCUCAUCCCUAGCGAGAGAGGAUCUACUUCCUUGGCUCAAGCGAGAUUUUGUUCAGCCGGUGUAACAGGUCACUCGCUAGUUCUCUGCCUGCCAUCUUGCCGAAGAAGCUCUCGAGAGCUAGGAAGUCUUGGAAAGCCAAGGGUUGGUCACAAUGAGGUGCGACAUCUGCGUACAUGCGACGGCACGCGAGUGGCAGAGGCCGCGGGUGGACAAACCCGUUGUGGGGGCAGCGGUAGCGUUUUUCAUGUCGAUUCAGUGUCGGAUUCGAUCCUGUGGACUUCGCCGCAUAAUAUUUGCUUGCCCGCCGCUCUCAAAUAUCGGCGUCGCUGUCGUCAAAUAUUUUGUUGAAAACUGCACAGAAAAGAUGGCUUCUUGCAAUCGAAUCUCCAAAUUCGUUGCAAGAAAUCUCGCCGUCGACAUCUAAGUCGAUAAGUUGUUAUAGACGGUCGUGCGAAGCUCAAAGGGAGCCUGAAAAAAGGCGAUUGUCUCUGCGAUUCAGACGGUCAUUGAGCUGGCUCGUUGACCUCGCUCUCGAUUAUCCGCGACAUUGUUCUUGAUGUUCCAAGGCCUACUGCUCCCAAGAGAAGACGAAAAGCAUGAAAACCUGGCUCUAUAGUUGAACUAUCACUCAAGACGUCUACAAACUAAGAGGCGGUGAAGGGAACAAACAGCUAGAGGGAGCUGAGCAAGAAACUGUGCCUUUGACCAUCGCUCCUGCGGCGCUUUAUGGCGGGAUGGCGGGAUGGCGAGGCCAGCUCUUAACUUUGGGGUUAGAGACAUUAAACAUCUCAUCAAGCACCAGAACCACUGCACUAGCUGAUUCGGGCGAGGUUCGAAGAGAAAACAUCCGAAAUGAGCAUGAGGACGGGAUUAUUGAAGGGCAUUACACACCCUCUCGGAAACACCUUCGCCCAUCCAUCCCACCUGACAGCUUUGGAGCGUUUGUCCGAACCACUCUACAACUUCGAGGGUUACUCCAAAAACGAGAAUCUCGACAACCACGAUACCCGAAGACGAACCGCCACGAUGAAAGCCAUCUACGCCGUUCCGGCGACCUUCGCCCUCGUAUACCGGGCCUGGUCACACCAGUCCCUCACCCCUGCGGGCAUCGUCGCUGCCGUCAUCACAGCCAUUGCGCACGCCUACCACCCGUGGAACCUGCCAUUCGCGCUGCUGUGCACUUUCUUCCUUGCCGGUACCAGAGCGACAAAGGUCAAGCACCAUGUCAAAGCUCAGAUGACGAUGGCCGCCCGAGGCACGCCGGGAGGUGAAGGAGCGCGCACCCACGUCCAAGUCUUCGCCAAUUCACUGAUGGCCUCGUGUCUCUCCCUCCUCCACGCCUACCAACUGAACAAACGAAAGGCCGCGAUCCUCGACUCGACGACCCCGAACCCUUCUGGUACUCUCUGCUACUCCUGGGGCGGCGACUUACUUGUCGUCGGCAUCAUCGCAAACUACGCUGCUGUCGCCGCCGACACGUUCAGCUCGGAGCUGGGAAUCCUGGCCAAAGGGGAACCCCGCCUGAUCACGUCCCCGACCCUGCGCAAGGUCCCGCGCGGUACCAACGGUGGCGUCACCCCGCUCGGCAUCGCCGCCGGCGCGCUGGGCUCCAUGAUCGUCGUUACGGCCUCGAUGAUCUUCCUCCCGCUCUGCGGCGAUGACAGCGCCGGAAUUUCCGCGUGGACGAACCAGCAGCGGUCGACCUUCAUGCUGGCGAUGACGCUCUGGGGCGUCCUUGGGAGCCUGCUCGACAGCGUCCUCGGCGCCGUCUUCCAGCGCUCCGUCCGCGACGUGCGCACUGGUAAGAUUGUUGAGGGCGAGGGUGGUACCAAGGUCCUCAUCUCGUCCGAUGCGUCUGAUCACGCCGACAAGAACCAGAAGCGCGCCGCCAUCAAGGCCGCGGCGCUCCACGGAGAGGGCAAGCGCGCCGUCGAGCAGAUGCAAGAGGUCGACGGCGUCGAGCCCGCCGAGACCAGCGACGCGAAGAAAAGAUACGACCCUGAGGACAAGCACCGCAAGCCGACAAUGGGCGACGCCAAGCCCUCGCGGGUCAUCGAGACGGGUUGGGACUUGCUGGACAACAACGACGUCAACUUUCUGAUGGCCUUCACCAUGAGCAUGGGGGCCAUGGGCGUCGCCAGCUGGUUCUGGGGUGUGCCGAUCGAGUCGAUUCUCGACCUGUAGAACUAGCAAUGCAUACAUACUUUUCUUUCUUUCUUGCUAUCCCUAGGCCUUUUUGGAUUCCAAGGAUGUGAGGCCUUCAUAUUCAUCAUGUCUGGCCAUCGCGACAAAACCUACCCUGCAAGUCAUUGGCAUCUCAUAGUCUGUCCGAACCAACAGGAUCUGUCAAGAGGACAUUCUCGCGAUUCAGAGUAAGCCCCCGCGGGUCGAUUGUCUCACAUUUGCAUCUUGUCAAUCUCUUGUCAAAGUAAGUGGUACUGAAUUCCUUUCGUACCUAGUGUACUACACAAUUGCCCGAUCCCCCCAUAUGCCGUACUACUUCUUCUACAAUGAUUCCCCUAGUCGGAACACACCUCUGAUCAUCCCUACUCCUUCACUCUGGAAACCGUACACUUCGAAUGCGAUCGCGCGCGCCUCCGGAGAACCCUUCCAUUCUGCCCAGCCUUAUGCACCAUGGAGCUUCGCCAUGAUGCUCGCCACGAUGGCGAGAAAACAGCUGCCAGGAAGAAGAAAGCGAAUAGGAGAGAAACAGAAAACGGCAAGAAGAAAAGAAAAAACUCCAAAUUUCCCAACGCCAAGCCCGAAAAGCAAUGCUAUGCCUUACCUUUCUUUUAGUUCGCUACACGACCUCGCUGCUCUUCUUCUCUUUGCCUCGCUCUCUUCAUCUAGUAUAAGCCUGAACCGUA